UUGCCCCACAGAUGAACAUUUUAGUACAAGACAGACUGCCCUAUUCAUUCUUAUCAUUCAGGCAUUUUUUAGGAAAACGACAUAAUUCCGACACACUAUCGCUGCCUUUGGGGUCAUUCUUGACAUAGAUCAAGCGCGCAAACAACCAACGCCUACCAUGUCAUCUCAAUCGCCGUCGGAGACUGGUGACUCCAACCGACACACCGCAUUCUUCUAUGGCACUCUGAUGGCCCCUGAGGUAUUCUUCACAGUCUGCUACAGAUCCUCAACCACAGAUGUGAAGACUCUCAAAAGUCUGCACGAAUUCAAGCCCGCAAUCCUACACGGCUACUGCCGACGUCGCGUUAAGGACGCCGACUACCCUGGCAUCGUCAAGGAGGACAACCAUCAAGUUCGCGGCAUGUAUGUGAAUGGCCUGACGGAUGCCAACAUGUUCCAUCUUGAUGCGUUUGAAGGCUCAGAGUACGAGCGCGUGACAGUCAAGGUGCGACUGCUAGAGAAAGUCGGCGACGAUAAGGAAGAGGGCAAUGUGGAAGGCGACGAAGUCGACUGCAGUGUCUAUGUUUUCGUGUGUCCCAACGAGCUGGAGGACCGCGAGUGGGAUUUUGAGGAGUUCCGCACGCAGAAGAUGAAGCGCUGGACCCGAGAGGAUUACGGUUUUGAGGAUGCCGAACACUUCAGCACUAAACAGGUCGAUGAGGGCGAGAAGGAAGCAGCCGUCUAACCAUGAGAUUCGGCGCUGAAUUCCGGACGCAAUCAGCAGAUUUGGAGCCUCAUGUAUGAGGGGCCCCCAAAGCAAUCUGCAACGUUACACAGA